AUAAACCCACCCUCCUCCACCACAUUCAAUCCAUCAAUUCUCUCAACUACACAAUGCCUCCUAAAGCUCCCUCAAAUCUACGUCCUGUGCAGAACCCAAAAGUAAAUGCAGUCCGGCCACCACCUGCUCCCAGGCCAGCACCUCGUCCAGUGAAUCCGGCGGAGAUCCGGAAGACCAAGGAGUAUAAGGUUGCUGCGCGGCGAUGGCUGUCCACUAUUGUGGCGUUGCCGAUUGUUAUGUACACGUCUUGGAUUCUGUAUGAGCGAGUCUAUGGGAACAAGAGCCCGCGGAGGUUGAUACCACAACAGCCGUCGCAACAGGACUCGUCUAGUUCUACUUCUUCCUCGUCGACUUCCUCGUAGGGAAGAAUGGUUUUCUAUCGGGUCUUCAGUGGCCAUCUCUUCAAUCUGUACAUAAGACAACUAAAUUAUCGUCUCAUAGCUAC